UCCCGGCCGGGCGCAGCGCGGAAUUCUCCCAUCAUCCACUCCCGGGGAGGGGUGGGGGGAAUGCAGGAUGAACCCGGUGUCCGGAUGGCUGUGGACGGCGGAGACACCCGACGCAGGCGAGGCUGCGCGCAGGGGACAGAAUGAGGCCCUUCGAGCAGCAGGCCCAGCUGGUGCGGCUCCAGACCGGGUGACCUUUGAGGACGUGGCGGUGGGCUUCUCGCUGGAGGAGUGGUCUCUGUUGGAAGGCAGCCAGAAGGCGCUCCACCAGGAAGUGAUGCUGGAGACGUGCUCUUUGCUUCUUUCGCUUGGUCACUCAGUCCCCACCCUGGAUUUCUCCUCCUUGACUUGCCAGCCAGACGGGACCGCUGAAAAGCCCCAGCCCAGUUGGAGAAGACGGCUGCCUUUGGUGGCGGGAGGCGACAAAACCCGUCGUGAAGAGCCCCCUUUUCCAGAGGGCAUGGAAGGACCCUGCAACCUGAAGCAGGAUAAGGCUGUGGAGCGCCUGGCCGUAGCGAACGACGAGGAGGGUAAGGAUCAAAGCAGCCAUCACCUCUGUGCACUCAUGAAGCUGGUCAACGAAAUCCCAGAGUUCCUCUGUGGACAUGCGCACGUGAGCCUGGAUCGAUCCACGCCUCUUGGGGGCAGCGAAAGAGGGCAUGCGGGUCCCAUUGUCCAGCUGAGGAGUUUCCCACACUUCACUGACUCAGUUUCCCUGAGCGUCUCCAGCCAAGGGGGGACCCCCAGCAGCAGCCCAGAAGGAGAAUGGUCAGAGCCCACUACCCAAGGCACAUUUGGUCCCUGCGAUGCUCAAGGAUGGAAGGGAACAGAGGUAGUGACCGACGCAGAGCCGUCAACCAAGGACAAUGUGGCCGAAGGGCAGCCAAAGUCUGAAGGAGGACUUCGGCGUCCUCACCUCUCAACGGAGCAGAAGGAGAGCCCAGCAAUGGAGCCAAGGCUGGAUACUGAUGAAUCUGGAUGUCUGGAUCAACCCCAUUCCUGUGGGGAUGGAGGGCCAGAGCAACCCACAUCACCAGGCCUUUUGCGAAGCAUCUCUGAGGCUGAGAGCCAAUCCAAGGACGGAAAGAAAAUGCCUGAGGCCAUUGCUGAGAAGGAACUUCCCAAAAGUUCUCGCAAGGCAUCUCCAAAGUUGAGGCCAGAAGCAGCGUCCGAAGAGAAACCCCCCCUUCAGGGGUUGCUGAAGUGCCUGAAGGAUCUGGUGACCCUGCAGUCUGGCCGUGGCCCCCAAACCCCCCUCAAGGCUUCCAUAGGGAGGCAGCCACGGACCCCUGGAUUUGGGCGAUGGGGAGGCAGGAGUGACUCAUUACCCAUCCAAGUUAAAAUGGAAGCUUCCGGAGAGGAGCUGGGGGUCUGCAACCCCAAAGGAGGACCUGGGUCUUCUGUGGCAACCAGGGGGGAUCCCUCCAUCCCCCAGCCUGAAGGAAGCAGGAGACCAAAUUCCUCAGGUGGAAAAGAGGAAGAGAACUUUCCGGCAGUCAAAACGGAGCAGGAGACCAGCAGCUUCCCCCAUCAGGACCUCAAAGGAGACCUUGCACUGGUGGUUGUCCGUGAAAGUGGGAGCCCAGAGAAGACCCAAGAGCGAUCCGGCAUCUUACCGAUUCGUGUUAAAUCCGAGGAAGACCACCCCCUACAAGGCCACGGGGACGUCUUGGAAGAGAAGAGCUACCACCACUUUGGCCAGCCAAGGAGCAGCUUGUCACCUGGGUCCAAGCUGGGACUAUGGGUCCCGUAUUCGGCUGAGUGGAGCCCAGCCACCAGUCCUCUCCAUGGCUUGCUCAACUGCCUGAAGGACAUCCCCGUACCGAGACCACCGCCCACCCAAAUCUUGCCAGGGAAACGAGGAGCAACAGGGGAGAAGGAGAGACGAAGAGGAGGAAGGCAAGGACGCUUUGAUGUUGUGUUCCAACUUCCAUCAUCCCAUCCCAUCACCCCAUCACACGGGCAGCUGCUAAUCUGUAAACCAGGCCCACCAUCCGAUACUUGUCCUGCCCAACAAUCAGAAGCUGGCCUCAGGGAAAAGCCAGCUCAGCAAUCCUUCCUGCCCCAGGGAUAUGCCAAUGGGCACCACGAGAGACAGCUGUCAGGGCGGAAAGUGGAGACAGUGAUGGGGCAGAAAGAUCUUGGAAUCAUGAAGGAGCGUCCUCCAAGUGUCCACGUCCAGCCCGUGUCCCCUGCUGUCAGUUCAUCGUCGGUCAGCAGCUCCCCAGAUUGUGUUCCCUGGUGGACUCCAGAACCUGUCAGAUGGAGGAGGAAGGAAGAUGAGCUCAGCCAAGCCCAGAGUUCUUUGCAAAGCCUCAGGAAGAGGUUCAAGGAGACCCCAUUGAGUUCCCCCAACCAGGCUUCUUCGCCAGCUAUCAGCAGCUCCCCGAAUGCUCUCCAAAGAUGGACGUCGGGGCCAACGCAGCGGGCAAAGAGAGAGGAAGGACUCGGUCAAAGCAGCAACCCCUUGCAAGGCCUGGAGAAGUGCUUGAAGGACAUCCAGAACCAGCGAUGGUCCCCGGCCAUCACUUCCUCCAUCCACAGCUCGCCGGACAGACUCCACCAGUGGACGCCAGAGCCAGCGCCGUGGGCCAGGAGGGAGGGAGGAGGAAGCCACCUGAGGGUCCCACCACUUCAGGGCCUGGAAAAUUGCCUGAAAGAGAUUGCCCCAAGUAGAGAGUUCCUCGUGGCCUCCAGCACUGCGGGGCGUAGCAUCUGCACUCCGAAGCGGCCAGGAAUGGAGGAGACUCACUCACCAAGGCCGUGGUCUGCAGGGAGCCUUCCUCCACCAUGCGCCUCUGCUUCGGAAGUGGCUGCCGAAAAUUCUCCCCUCCACCAGCUGAUGAACUGCCUGAAGGAAAUCCCGAUACAACGGCCAAGUUAUCUCAACCCGCCAAGCGCGUUCUCCUCUUCUUCUUCCUCCUCCUCCGCCUCUUCCUCCUCCUCCUCCAGCUGCAGUGAAACUGAAAGGGACCAGCAGAGCCCAGGAAGUUCAACCUGGUGGGACGGGGGCCAAGAUCGGCAUCAGCUGCCAGGAUCCGAGAGGGAUGUUCUUGUAGGAUCGAAAGUGAUGAUGGAGGCCAAGAGGAAGCGUCCGUCCAUCCAACUUCCUGCAGAAGAGGAAGAGCAAUUACCCUACAUGCAAGAGGCCAACUUUGCUGAUGGGGGUGAUGAAGCAUCUUCUGCCUCACUCCAUGACAAUCCAGAGAAUGAUGCGAAGGACACUGCAGAUGUCAAGCAGAUAUUUCCCUCUAUCCACCCUCUAAGACGCUCCAGAGCACCGCAGGACAUGACUUCCAGAGCAUCCGAAGCAAGGGAAGAGGGGCCACCUUCUGCACUUCUUGCCAACAAGAUCUUCACCUGUGAGAGGCAGAAGAGCCCAAGAGGCACAGCACCAGACCAGACCCCAACAUGUUCCAGCCCCCUAAGCCAUAUUUCCCGGGAUGGGACACCUGAAGGAGACACGGGUUGGAGUCCGGGAGAAGACCAGGUCCAGCCACAGCCUGGAGACAAAGAGGGGGGGACCGGAAGUAGCCCUCUCCAGGGCCUCCUCAGGUGCCUCAAGGAGAUCACCCACCCAAGGACCCCUAGUCCCUGCCCCUCCUCGGCCAGGAAGAGGCCCAGAGAAUCCCGGCACACCCAGGAGGAAGAGGAGGAGGAGGAGGAAGAAGAAGAAGAAGAAGCCCAUUGCAAGAAGAAAUCCUGGCAAGGUGCUGUGGCCUCCAGCUCCCCCAUCUCUGACAUGGAAACACGGGGGACCCAACAGAAUGGCCAUUCCUGUUCUCUGAAUACCAGGACCUCUGCACAUAAGCAGUGUGACCCUCCCAGGUGGAGUCCCUCGGUGUCAUUUCAGAUGGGCACCAGAAGAGCUUCUGCGACAGCCAGAGACAAGGGGAACCCUGCAGCUCCAAAUUCAGGAUCAGAGGCAAAGAAGAGGCACCCCGAAGCAGCCCGGCUCUGCCACUGCACCCAUGGGGCUGAGUCAGGGGUCGCGCAGCCCCUCCUCUCCAAACAGCUGGGCCGUCUGGCCGCUGAUGUGAGCAGCCUCUGCCGGGACCUGUCCGGCCUUCAGAGCCACGUCUGGCGACUGGAGCAGGAAGCGCGGGGCUGGGCACUGGAGCUGGCCGCACUGCACCUGGAGAACCGACGCCUGGUCAAGUACUCCCGGCGCUUGGAGAGCCGCUGCCGGGUUCUGGAGACCCGCUCCCGCCGUCUGAACCUGCGCCUCUUGGGUUUGCCCGAGGGGGUUGAAGGAGGCGACCCGGUGUCCUUCCUCCGACGGACCCUGCCAGAGGUAUUGGGCUGGCCACCGGGAGUGCCGGCAUUGGAGGUCGAGAGUGCCCGGAGAGUUCAUAGCCAGGAUUCAACUGCCAAGCCGCGCCCGCUGCUCUUCCGCCUGCUACGCUCGGCCGACAAAGCCGCCGUGCUUGAGGCGGCUCGUGCCCGGCCGCUGCAUUUUGCCGAGGCGCAACUCGCCAUCCUACCUGACCUCGGUGCCCCACGAAGGAGACCUCUGCCUGGCCCAUUCCGGAGGAACCGUUGGGUGGUCGACCUGCUUUUUGGGGGGCAGUCCCCUUCCUCAUGGGGCUUGGGCAGGAGUCCAGCAUGGCGGGAGCCCUCUGCCCCUUGCACACCCCUGGCAUGCAAACCCGCCCCGGGGAUGCUGGGGUCUCAUGAGCAACACAACCCAUGAGGCACUGCUGAGGGAGGGUCCCAGUGGUGGGAUUCAGCUGGUUCAAGCCAGUUCAGGUGAACUGGUUGUUAAAAUUUUGUGCUGGCCCCGUCCCAUCCCGCCCACCCCACCCCUCGCAGUCACUCCUCAUCUUCCCCAGCAUAGCUGCUGCUGCUCUCUGCCUGGCUCCCUCGCUUGCCUCGACCUCAUGGUCUCCGGGGCCCAGUGCACUUUCCUGCCUCUGCCACCUCAUUUCCUGCCUGCUGGCAAGCAAUGGAUGCUGCAGAGACAGAUUUCCUACAUACCAUUCCCAGCCCCUUCUCCCCCCCACACCCCAUCCUUGGGCUGACAAAAUAAAAGCCCAUCUAAAGAUCGUGAAGAAUUAGAGCCAUGGAGAGGAAAGGGGCACUGAUCUCUUUCUCCCUCUAGGAUCAGCCUUGGAAAAGCCUGCCCUCACAAUCAGACUCCCUUUCUCAAACAAGCACUUCCUCCCAGCUCUCAUGCGAGAACCCAAAAUUCUUAGGAAUGAGAGCCACGGGGAAGAAAGGCACACUGAGGCCCCCGGCGGGCUCUUUAAGGCAUGCAAUAUGCUGCCACUAAGUUCCAGGACUCCUCACACGAGCGCUGAAAGGAAGGGAGUCCAAUUGUGAGGACAGGCUUUUCCAAGGUCAGUCUGGGAGGCAGCACUCAUGGCUGCCUUUUCUCUUGCCGUGUGAUCUUUGAGGCAGUUCCCUAAAAGUAAUGGCGCUGGAGUGGCAGGAGGGGGGCCAGCACGGGUGGGUAGCAAAGGCCGAAGCCUAAGUGUGCAACAGCCAAGGGCAACUUGCCUUUGCGCUGCCUAUUCCGGGCGGGGGGCUUCAUAAUGGUACAUUUGCACCGGCUGGCAGCACCCAAGGCAUGGUCCGGGUCCAUCGGCAACAGCAGAGAAGCAGGCACAGAGUGGGUUACCUGUUUGGCCACCUGCCAGCCAGGCUGGCCCAAAAGUGCGUUCCCUGUUGCGAGCAGCAGGAUCCGAGGAGGACAGGGCAGGGCAAUUGGGCGGCAGCCACCUGGAGGGCCAGUAGAAGCUGAGAGCUGGACUGCCCAUACCUUCAAUGCAAUGGCCGCCCGGAGCAUCCCCUCGGUCUAGGACAAAGUAAAAAGGCCCCAAUCUUUCCACAGGGGAAGGGAAAGUUUAACCGUGCAGGAGCAUUGGUCAGGCAUGCCCCUCUCCACCCGUCUCUGCCUGUUCGUGGCUGAGCAACUUCUCUCUCUCUGAGCGUUAGCCAAGAGGAAGCAGCAAAAUCAGUUUUUAUUCCUUUGCUAAAGCUGCCGUUCCGUUCUUCACACAUGGGAUCGCCCAGCAGCCGAUAGGGAGAGGGAGACGGUGGUGCCAUUCCUGUGUGGUCUCAGCGCUGCUAGCUCCAUAGACAAUGCUAGUGGUCGCCAUUGCCCAUUUCUCCCUCUGUGUGAAGAAGGGAACGGCAGCUUUAGCAAAGGAAUAAAAACUGAUUUCGCUGCUUCCUCUUGGCUAACGCUCAGCAAGGGAGAAGUUGCUCUGCCACGAAUGGGCAGAGAUGGGUGUAGAGGGGUGUGCCCCAGCAACGCUCCUGCACUGAUAAAACCUUCCCUUCCCCUGUGGAAAGAUUGCACACACACAUGUUAGAUCUUUCUUUCCUCCUGCACCCCAUCCCCUGGAGGCUCUGGGAUUCCUUCCCCAACCCUGUCGAUCCCAUAUAGGUACCACCUACGCGAGUUACAUAGAGUUGGCCACGCCCACCCAGUCACAUGCCCACCUAGCCACGCCCACCCAGUCAUAUGACCAUCUAGACAUGCCCACCUAGCCACACCCACAGAAUCUGUUGUUAAAUUAUUUGACUCCCACCACUGGAGGGUCCCAAAAAGUGACUUUCCUUUCUGCCGCGGGCAGGGGUGGGUGGGCUAAGUGAGCCCACUGGCUGCUUUUCCAUAGCUUCUUCGCAAGAGAGGGGAGGGGGUUUAACAAUUGGGUGGGGGGCGGUUGCGUCCUGUCCCGCUCCCCUCCGCCGCUGUCUAGGAGAUCCUACAAGAUAUUGGCAGAAUUGGGGCCAGGAGACGGGUGAAAUUCAGCCGGUUCUAUCCGGCUCGGGCAAACCGGUAGCUGUGGGUGGCUCCUCCCACUUGCGCAGACAUCAUGAUGCCACUUUUUUGCGAUGAUUUUAAGCCUCUGCGCAUGUGCAGAAGGCUUUGCGCAUACGUGGAUGCUGCCGCAUGCGAGCACAUUUGCAAACCGGUAGGGAAGGUAAGUGAAUUUCACCCCUGGGCCAGGGGCUCCAAACUCUCCCUGACAUCUGUUCCCCCCCCCCCAUAAAGACUCUUUCUGAGUGAGCAGAUCUAGGUUGCAGGAGAAGGAGGGGUCAAAAGACUCCAUUAAACAGGUGUUUCUCAAGCUCAGCUACUUUACAACUCCCAGAAUCCCCCAGCCAGCAAGGGGAGUUAAAGCCCACCCCUCUUAAAAACACACUGGCUGGGGGAUUCUGGGAGUUGAAGUGCACCAAUCUUAAAAGCGGCCAAUAUUGAAAACCAUUGUCUGACCCAAAAUAUAAGUGUGGAACUGAAACAAUUCCAUAGUCACAGUUUUUGUCAGGAAUGGGAGGCAAUUUUUGGGGAGAAUCAUUUUAGCAUCCCGGCAGAGAUGUUUCAGGUUAGAUUCCUGCCCUGAGCAGACGGGGUUGGACUAGAUGGCCUCAGGGAAACCUUGGAAUGCUAGCAUUGUACGAGUCGAAACUCUUUUAGGUUGGCUGGCAUUGGCCAGCCUGAGAGAAUUCGGGGUUGAAGGAUAUUCUUGGUUUGGUUUUGAAUAUUUUAACCUAUUUUGCUUUCAGCUUCUAGUUGUGAGGCUACGUUGAGCUUUUUGAAAUUGGGCAGGUCAGAAGUCUCAAAAGAAAAGGAAAUGGGAGAAGGGACUGCUGGGUGCCAAACUAGUUUGAUCUAGGGGUGAAGAUCCUGGCCUAGAAACCAGGAGGCUGGGAGUUCUAGUUCCCUCAAAAACAGGAAAGCCAGCUGGGUGACUUCGGGCCAAUCUCAAGGAGACAGUGAGUUCUAGUCCUGACACAGACAUGAAAUCUUUCUCAGUGACUUUUAGGCCAAUCACCAGGCGAUGGUGAGUUCUAGUUUCACUUAAGGCAUUAAAGCCGGCUGGUCACUUUGGACCAAUUAUCAGGUGGCAGUGAGUUCGAGUCCUACCCCAGACUCACAAGCCAGCUGUGGGAGGUAACAUUGGCCACUUCCUCUCUCUCAGCCUGACCCACCUCACAGGGUUGUUGUGAGGGAAAUCGGAGGAAGAAGGAAUGUUAUGUAUAUCCGCCACCUUUGAGUCCCUUGUAAAGUAAUAAAGCUGGGAUUAAAUAUAUAUAUAUAUAUAAAUAAAUUAUCUAAGAAAUAAAAGAAUGUGUUUUGCAAGAUGGUUUGGGCAUAAUCCUGGGGUACCAUUUGCCCCGAAUACUCCGUUGCACUGCUUCCUUUUUUCCUGGGUAGUCAUCUAUCCAGACGGAUACAAUCAAGUUUCUAGUCCUCAGUACGUCCCCGUGAUGUUGUUGUUGUUAGUUGUAAAGUCGUGUCCAACCCCAUGGCGACCCCAUGGACAACAUUCCUCCAGGCCUUCCUGUCCUCUACCAUCCUCUGGAGUCCAUUUAAGCUCAUGCCAACUGCUUCAGGGACUCCAUCCAGCCACCUCGUUCUCUGUCGUCCCCUUCUUCUUUUGCCGUCAAUCUUUCCCAGCAUUAGACUCUUCUCCAGGGAGUCCUUCCUUCUCAUUAAGUGGCCAAAGUAUUUCAGUUUCAUCUUCAGGAUCUGGCCUUCUAAAGAGCAGUCAGGGUUGAUCUCCUCUAGGACUGACCGGUUGGAUCACCUUGCAGUCCAAGGGCCUCGCAGGAAUCUUCUCCAGCACCAGAGUUCAAAGGCCUCAAUUCUUUGGCGCUCAGCCUUCCUUAUGGUCCAACUUUUACAGCCAUCCAUUGCAACUGGGAAAACCAGGACUAUACGCACUUUUGUUGGCAGGGUGAUGUCUCUGCUUUUUAGUAUGCUGUCUAGAUUUCCUCCCCAGGAGCAAGCGUCUUUUAAUUUCUUGGCUGCAGUCCCCAUCUGUGGUAAUCUUGGAGCCCAGGAAAAUAAAAUCUGUCACUACCUCCAUUUCUUCCCCAUCUAUUUGCCAGGAAUUGAGAGGACUGGAUGCCAUGAUCUUAUUUUCUUAAUGUUGAGUUUCAAGCCAACUUUUUUAUUCUCCUCUUUCACGUGCAUCAAGAGGCUCUUUAGUUCCUCUUUGCCUUCUGCCAUUAGAGUGGUAAUUAAUUGAGCACGUUCGACCUGCUGUCGAAUUCUUCCCCCAAAUGAAUGGAUGCAAGGACUGGGGGGUUGUUAAUUUUUCAUUUUUAAAUUUUUUUUCAAUUUUCCUUCAUUUAUUUUCUAACCCUAAUUUGGGGGGGGGGGAAUGGACUUUGGUGUGAUAUUUGGCAGCUUUGGACAGACAAAAGUUCAACAGGGAAAACCCCUUUGGAGUGACCAUAGGACCCUGGAAUCACUGAUGCACUAAUUUUUUUAAAGAAAAUCCGUCACCCAUCAUCCACAGCAGAGACAUGGGAAGGUGGACUGCUGGAAAUGAGCCAGGGGAUUCCCAAGACCCCCUCCUGUAUCAAUUGUUCCCUGAAAGCCCACUCCCCAAAUGGAAGAAACAUAGAAAACCGACUGCAAAAGACUCUAGUGGUCCAUUUUGAUUCAUUGUUUUCUUUUUUAGUUUAUUUAAUUAUUAUUUAUUUAUAAUUUUUCUUCUUCUGACAUGCGUUUAUCCUGAGCGGGUUUUAAACUCAGGGAGGAUUGAGCCGCGACCGGUGCUGGAAUUUGGUUCCACGUUUCCGCCGUUCCAUCAGCGAAUUUGUCAGUGUAUGAGAGUUCAUGAAUUGGAAUAGACACGGUAACAGGUCAGCCAAUGGGGACUGUUUGGUGACCCAGAUGGCUCGGAGCCUGGGCGUGGCUUAGCUUGACUGAUUUGUAUAUAGGAGUUGCUUUGUCUUUGCAAUAUAGCCUCUGUUAUAUAUAGCUUCCGUGUUUGUGUCUUCUUAGUUCUGGUUCUGACUUCUGCUGCAUGGGUAUUGUAUACAUGCAUCAUGCUUUAUAUUAUUGUAUAUAUAGAAGUUUCUUAUAUAAAUGAAUACUGCUGAAUUAUUUACUUGUGUGCUGGUUGGAUUGUUGCAAACUCUUAACAGGUUAUGGGCCCAGAGUACACCAACCACACACUAAGACUGAACUGUAAUUAAGCUGAGGGACAGCCUGCGUUAUAAAUAAAAGAGAACAAAGCUGAGAAGGCUUGCCAGGAUGGCUGUUGAUUUCAAAGAGAAUUCUCUGCCUCGAUUUGGACAGAAGAAUUUUAUUAUUUGGGCUGCAAAAAUGAAAUGCUUCCUGAAGGCUAUGGAGCUCUAGGAUAUUGUUGAUAAUCCACCCCAGGGGCCAUUAGCAGCAGCAGAUCAAAGGCAGCAUAAUAAGGCACUGGCCAACAUCAUCUUAAGUUUAGAAGAUGAACAAUUCCUGAAUGCAGCUAAUUUAAAGACUGCAAAGGAGGUCUGGCUGAAAUGAAGAAGUGUAUAUGUGAGUGCGUCAGCAUUGUGCAAUAUCGUGCAAUUAUCGAGACAAUGGUACAGAGUCCAGCUACAGCCACAUGAGCAUGUGGAGAAGCAUAUGUUGAAAAGGCAAACUUUAUUUAUUGAGUUGGAACAGCGUGGCAUGCAGAUUCCUGAACUUCAGAAGGUGCUGUUGGUGUUAAAUGUGGGAUAUUGUUUCAGCUGUUUUUGAGUGCAAACCAGAACAGGACUCACGAAGGGAAGCCCUUAAAGCCUGUUUGAUUUCAGAAGCAGAGAGAAAAAAGCAACAGGAUGGCUGCCAAGACCAGAGUAUCAGAAGAGAUCAGAUUACAGCCCAACAAAGAUUUUUGACAGAAAGACAGAACAGCUGAUCACUCCAUCUGUAGCGAUAAGGCUCAUCUAAACAAAGACUGUUUGCAAAGAAAAGAAACAACAGAUGGACAUGCUGGUGUUGCAAAAGUUAGCUAUUGUAAUAGCAGAGACAAAUGGUUAAUAGAAAGUGGGGCUAGUGAAACAAUUGUUAAUAAUUCUAAAUUGUUUUUCAGAACAGAUCCAGCUGGAGGAGAUGCAGUAGCCUUAGCAAAUGGCCAGAAGGCUAAAGUCACUGGAAAAGCCAGUAUGGUGAUUGCGUGUCUGAAGAAAAAGUUUAGCAAUAUAUUGUGGAAUAUAUUGUGUGUACCUGAAAUGGAACAUAAUUUACUGAGUAUCUCCAGUCUAGUCCAAAAAGGGUUGGAGACCACAUUUGCAAACGGGAGAUGUCUCAUAAAGAGAAAUGGGAACAGGGUAUAAAAUAGGAUAAUCUUUAUGUGUUGCAGGGACAAAAGGUUCAAUGUGCCCAAACAUUUGGAAAUGUGCCACAACAUGAUGCAUGCAUUCAUCUCUUGCAGAGAAAGCUUGGCCAUGCCAGCUUCAGAGUUUUGCAAAAGAUGCAACAGUUUGGAGAAGGGUUAAAUUUAAAAGGAUGUAAGGCAUACUUGGACUGCGCAGUAUGUAAAUCAUCAAAGUCCAAGACAUUUCCUGUAAGCAAGAGUAGCACAAGGCAGACAACAAGAGCUCUAGAGCUGGUACAUGCAGAUUUGAUUGGCCCAAUGCAAGGCAGUUUGGGAGGAGCAAAGUAUGAGUUGGUAGAUUGUAGAUAACUACAGCAGGUUUGGGUUCUGCUAUUUACUAAAGAGUAAAAUAGAGGUGCUACAGAAAUUUAAGCAAUGGGUAAGCUUGGUAGAAAGGAGAUAUAAACAACAGAUAUGUCAACUGCAAACUGACAGAGGUUCAGAAUUCAUGUCAACAAGUUUUCAACAGUGGUUGUGACAGUUGAGCAUAAAACAUAUGCUGUGUAUGGAUAUACACCGCCACGCAGGUCAGAGCGAAGGAACAAGGGGAUUCCACCUGACAGGUAUUCUGUAUUCUGAGGUUAAGGUGUGUAAUGUGUGCUAUGAGCCAAGAACCUAUCAGGAAGUAUUGGCACUACCCAAAAUCGAGCAAGUGAAAUGGAAAGAAGCCAUGGACAAAGAAGUGAAAUCCAUGGGUGAACAUAAAGUGUUCACAUCUAUGACUUUACCACAAGGUUGCAAAGCUGUAGGAGGUAAGUGGGAGUACAGAAAGGAAGAACUAUCCAACAAUGAAGGUAUAUAAUAACAAUAUAACAAUAACAACAUAAGGAGGCAAGAUUAGUAGCACAAGGUUUUUCACAAAGGAAAAAUGUGCACUAUGAUGAGGUAUUUGCACCAAGUGUAAAGAGUAUAAGCAUAAGGUUGGCACUCGCGUUAGCAGCAGCACAUGAUCAUAAAAUCUGGCAUUCUGAUAUAACCACAGCAUUCCUCAAUGCAGAGUUAGAGGAAGAAAUUUACAUGGUUCAAGCACCAAGGUAUGAAAGCAAAAGGCCUAACACUGUGUAUAAAUUGAACAAGGCCAUUUAUGGGCUGAAGCAUCAGCCAGGAAUUGGAAUAUCUGUUUAGAUAUGGCAUUGAAGGGUCUUGGGUUCAAGAGUUGCAAGGCUGCUGGUUGCAUAUAUACUGGAACGUUAAAAGGUGGGAAUAAUUAGCAUUUGUGGAUGAUCUUUGUUUCAUUGCCAAAGUUUUGUCACAGGUAAAAGAAUUUGCUAAUCAAUUAGAGAAAAAAUUGAAUUAAAAGAUUUGGGAGAAAUAAAAAACUAUCUUGGUGUAGAGAUACAAAAAACUGAGAAAGAUGUUUAUGUUCUUAGUCAAAGAAGGAAAAUUGAACAGCUGUUGGAGAGAUACAAUAUGAAGGUUGGCAGAGUAAAGAAUAGAAGCAAGCAUGUGGAUAUUAAAUAUUGUAAUGUAAGAGAAGCCAUCAAAUGUAAAUUAAUUAGCUUGCUUCACUGUUCUUCAGAGGACAAUCUUUCAGAUAUAAUGACCAAGCCAUUGGAUGGAGUGCCCCGUUGGAAGAAUAUUAAGUUAUUCAGUUUUAUGUCUAUUCCAGUCAUGAAGGGAGGAGUGUCAGUGUAUGAGAGUUCAUGAAUUGGAAUAGACAUGGUAACAGGGGACUGUGGGUGACACAGACAGCUCAGAGCCUGGGCGUGGCUUAGCUUGACUGAUUUGUAUAUAAGAGUUGCUUUGACUUGCAAUAUAGCCUCUGUCUGUAUUAUAUAACGUCUGUGAUUAUAUCGAUUCUGUGCUUCUGGAUUCUGUGAUCUCUGUUUCUGGCUUCUGCUGCAUGGGUAUUGUAUACAUGCAUCAUGCUUUAUAUUACUGUAUAUAAAGAAGUUUCUUUUA